AUGACCAUAUUGAAAGACACCAUAAUCAGAUACGCUAAUGCAAGCUAUGCUACAUCUACUGCUGGCUCCACUGGUGCCGCUGCCGCUGCCGCGGCCGCUGCCAGCACCACUUCAUAUCCGAACUUGCCCUUGCUCUUGCAGAAGAGGCGGGCUAUUGCUAGCACAAAGUCCAAGAACCCUAACCUCGUCAAAAGGGAAUUGCAAGCGCAUCACUCGGCCAUCAGCGAGUACAACACCGAUCAUUUGAAUCACUACUUCCAACUCUCCCGUGCAGAAAAGCCGCUUUACAACUUGUCCAAUUUCACCUCCCAGCCGCAGGUCAACCCGAAGAUGCGGUUCUUGAUCUUCGAUUUCAUCAUGUACUGCCACACAAGACUCAAUCUUUCGACCUCGACGUUGUUCCUCACUUUCACCAUCCUGGACAAGUACUCCUCCCGAUUCAUCGUCAAGAGCUACAACUAUCAGCUCUUGUCCUUAACCGCGCUUUGGAUUUCAUCCAAGUUUUGGGACUCCAAAAACAGAAUGGCCACUUUGAAAGUCCUCCAAAACCUGUGUUGCAACCAAUAUUCCAUAAAGCAAUUCACCACCAUGGAGAUGCAUCUCUUCAAAUCGCUCGAUUGGUCUAUCUGCCAGUCGGCCACAUUCGACUCUUACAUCGACAUCUUCUUGUUCCAGUCCACCUCUCCAUUGUCGCCCCUCCCCUCCCUUUCUGCCCCCUUGGAAGCCUUCAUUCAACAGAAACUGGCCUUAUUAAAUGAUGCUGCUGGUACUGCUAUUAAUAAGCCCUCCUCUCCUCAGGGUCCCACUUUCAACAUCAACGAAAUUAAAUUGGGCGCCAUCAUGUUGUGCGAAUUGGCUUCCUUCAACCUCGAAUUAUCAUUUAAGUAUGAUCGUUCAUUAAUUGCGCUGGGUGCAAUUAACCUCAUCAAGUUGUCUUUGAACUACUACAAUUCAAACGUUUGGGAAAACUUCAACAUAGCUUUCGAGGAAAACGGCCAAGAUUUAGACAUUAAGCUUUCAGAUAUCUCCAACACUUUACUGGACGUGGCAAUGGACCAAGAUUUGUUCCCCUCCAGUUUCAAGUCUAAGUAUUUGAACAACAGUAAGACGUCCCCAGCAAAGUCCCUCUUGGACGCAUUACAGAACUAUUGUAUUCAGCUGAAAUUGGAGGAGUUCUACCGUUCGCAAGAACUGGAAACCAUGUACAAUGGCAUCUUUUCUGCCCAAUACUACGAUGACGAUUCAUUGGCCGGCGUUUAUUCGAAUGCCACCACGCCAAAAAGCGCCACAGUUUCAUCUGCAACUACUGAUUACUUCUCCGAUCACACUCAUUUGAGAAGAUUGACCAAAGACAACAUCUCUACGCCCUUUGCCUUCACUCCAACAUCAUCUUCAUCUUCGCCAUCUCCAUUCACCUCCCCUUACAAGACUUCAAGUUCAAUGACGACCCCAGACUCUGCAUCCCACCAUUCACAUUCGGGCUCGUCUUCCACUCAAAAUUCUUUCAAAAGAUCGUUGAGUAUCCCACAAAAUUCAAGCAUCUUUUGGCCAAGCCCAUUAACUCCCACCACUCCCUCCCUUAUGUCAAACAGAAAAUUGCUUCAAAAUUUAUCUGUACGUUCGAAAAGACUAUUGCCCAUCAGAGGCAUGGCCAGUGCUCACUCAUUUGCUGCCCCCACACAUCUAAAAAAGAGAUCAACUUCCUCUGUGGAUUGUGAUUUUAAUGAUAGUAGCAACCUCAAGAAAACUCGCUGA